UGACAAAAGACGUGGAUGUGCCUUGAUGCGACCAGAUCCUAUAACUCUGUUGGGCGCCUGCUGAACCACGCACCGAGAACAACUGCCACACUAACCCCCUACAAGCCUCUUUCGAUUCGUGGUGUUUGGAGGGUGGGGUUCACAGCUACAAAGGAGUUGAUGCCAGGAACAGAACUUACCUGGGACUAUGGCUGUUGUCCGGGAGGGUUGGAGUGGCUAAAGCGGCGUCCAGCAAGAGCAAAGGAGAGAGCUCUCCAAUUCAGUGGGUUACUCACAAUUUUUAUUGGGCAUGUGGAGUCUAAAGCUGAUGUUGUAUUUCAGUGUACACUGACGCCAGAGAAGUGGGUGCAGGUCAGGAUAAAGAAAAGGAGGAAGUGGAUGAGGAGGAGGAAGAUGACGAAGGAGAAGUGGAGGAUGAGGAGGAGGAGGAAAAAGACGACGAAGAAGUGGAGGAGGAAGGCGACGAAGGAGAAGUGGAGGAGGACGAGGAAGGGGAUGACAAAGGAGGAAUGGAUGAGGAAGAACAGAAUGACGAACAGGAAGCGAACGUGGAUGAAGAGAAAGCCAGUGGGGGUGAGAGAGCUGAUGAAUUGGAAGCAAGAGAAGUUGGUAUUGUUGAGGACAAGGAAGAGGAAGAAAAGGAUGUGGAUGGGAGACCGGGUGAAGAUGUUGUGAUUCUUGGCAGUGAGUCUCCCAAGGACAGUCACAUGUUUCCAGAGAUAGCACUUUCCACUCAGACAUGCACUCGUAGGGAGAACUUGCCUGAUGAUGAUGUCAAACAAGCUGCGAAUCUUCUGAGACAACGACAGAGGCGCAAGUCGAGGAGUGAUAGAUGGGGCUUGCAAAGACGAAGGCGGACAAGUCACAG